ACUAUAACUUGCAUUCAGAGAGUUAUACAAACACAACUUACAAAUCUCUUUUGCAUUCCAAUCUAAAACGUAUCCUCUUAAGAUAAUGAUGAACCCAAAGAAGCUCAUGAAGAUGGCCAAGAAAUGGCAACAGAGAGCAGCCUUAAGCAGGAAAAGAAUCUCAUUCCAAAGAUCAAGUACUACUACUACCUCAACGGCUGUAGAGAAGGGUUGUUUUGUGGUUUACACAGCGGAUAAAGCACGCUUUGCUUUUCCCUUAAGUUAUCUGAACAACUCUGUUAUCCAAGAGGUCUUAAAGAUCUCUGAAGAAGAAUUUGGCCUCCCAACCAGUGGACCAAUCACCUUGCCGUUUGAUUCGGUGUUCUUGGAGUAUCUUAUCAGAUUGAUCGAACGAAGAAUGGAUGGAGAUACAGAAAGGGCUUUGUUAAUGUCAUUAUCUAGUGCUAGAUGUUCUUUACCAUGCUCUUUACAACAGCAAGAACAUUUGCUUGUAUAUUAGAGAAUUAUUGUGUAGCAAUAUUUUUAUCUGUAACGAUUCAUUUAUACUAUUACAUUAGACAACAGAUUAUUUCAGAAAUACAAAC